AUGAACAUCCACACUGGAGAAAAAACGUACAUGUGUUCACACUGUGACAAGAGAUUCAGUCGGUCAGGAGACCUAAAAACACAUGAGAGGAUCCACACUGGAGAGAAACUGUACACAUGUGAUCAAUGCGGCAAAACAUUUUCGGGCGCUUCAUACCUGAGAAAACACCUGAGAGUUCAUACAAAGGAGAAGCUACCUUCAUGUCAUUUGUGUGGAAAGAGUUUUUCAUGUCUACAAAAUUUGAAAGUACAUCAGAAAAUACAUACUGGUGUGAGAGAGUACAUGUGCUUUGAGUGUGAAAAGACUUUUACUACAGCAAACUGUUUAAAACUGCACCAGAGGAUUCACACUGGAGAAAAACCUUACAAGUGUUCACACUGUGACAAGAGAUGCAGUCAUUUAACACAUCUGAAAACACAUGAGAGGAUCCACACUGGAGAGAAACCUUACAAGUGUUCACACUGUGACAAGAGAUUCAAUCACUCAGCAAAUCUGAAAACACAUGAGAGGAUCCACACUGGAGAGAAACCGUAUCACUGCACUGACUGUGGGAAGUGUUUCAUUCAAUAUUCUUCUCUACACAAACACACAAAAAACAAUCACAGCAAGUAGAUCAUCUUCAGAUCCAGCACUAUCAGGUCUGAUGAGCAUCCUCACCAAAUAUUGCAUCAAGGAAUAAAAUAUCAUGUGGAUAAAUCGGUCCUGACCAGAGAUUACAAGCGGCAUGACAAAGAAACAUUAGA